AUGAGCGAAUCGGAGUUACAACAGCUACAAGUCCUGUGUGAGGCUAUGUAUUGCGGAAAUAAGGAAGAACAGAAUCAAGCGCACACAAUAUUAUUGCCCUUAGUGAACAAUGUGGGUAAUGUAAGCAAAUUAAAAAAUAUCUUGGGAAAUACAAGUCAUGUGCAUACAUUAAUUUUCACAACGUCUGGUUUACUUCAAUUAAUUACAAAUGAAUGGAAUAAAAUAGAACAAAAUGAAAAAGAUGAAUUAAAAGAUUUCAUUUUGACGUACUUAUACAACAAAGGAGUAGAUAUCCUAAAUUUAUCAUCCAACGUUUUGGGAAAUUUGGUGAGGUUAUAUGUCCGUAUAGUAAAAUUAUCAUGGCUAGAGAAUACAAAUUAUUCAUUAAUAAUAAAACAAGUAGAUUAUUUUUUAAAUUCAGUAACGAGCCAUUGGAUUAUUGGGCUCUACAUCUAUGCAGCAUUGAUAGAAGACAUGCACCCACAAUGUGGAAUAAAUUCAGCAAAGAAUAGAAGAUGUGCAAUAUCAUUUCGAGAUUAUGUAUUAAAAGAUAUAUUUAAAGUUGGGAUAGAAACAUUAGAAGAAUUUGUAAAAGGAAGCAUAAGAAUAGAACUAAGAAUGGAUGAAAAUAGACUAUUAAUUAAAAUUUUAGAACUAAUAUAUAAUAGUUUAUCCUUUGAUUUUAUGGGGACAAUGAUAAAUGAUGAAAGUUCGGAUGAAAAUGUAUCACUUAUGAUACCUCAGUCAUGGGAUAUAUUUAAUGAGAAAAAUAUUCCAAAAUUAUUUUUUGAUAUGUAUGAAAUUUGUAUGUCCGAUGAAGAUGAUUUGAGAAACUGUUGUGGGAAAUAUUGUUUACGAUGUUUAAUACUUUUGGGAGGUUUGAGAAAAACUUUUUUCUCAAGUGAAAAGCAAAAAAUACAUUAUAUGAAUGAAUUCUUAGGUGGCCUUAACAAUAUUAUAGAGAAAAAAAUAGGCUUACAUGAUGAGGAUUGUUUUCAUGAGUUAUGUCGAUUGAUAGGGAAAAUCGAUACUAGCAUUCGUUUGCAAGAAUUAAGUACUUAUCCCAAUUUUCUUUCCUGGUGCCACAAUAUAUAUUUAUUCACAAUUGAUGGUAUGAAGAAUUGGAAAUACCUUUGUAAUAGUAAACAUUAUCUGUUAGGUAUUUGGAGUAAUAUGCUAAAUAUAAUUCCAGCAAAAGUGAUAAAAGAAAUUAAUAGUCGAACUGAUGAAAACGAAUUAUUGAAAGACGUGUUAAGUAAUAAAAAUAUUUUUUUAAAAAAAAAUCCUAUAUCAAAUAGUUUCAGUUCGCACGAUAUUGAUAAUAAAUUCUUAAUUAUUUGUGAUUAUAUUUACGACAUAAGUAUGGUUUUUAUAAAUACCAGAUUAGAAUUAGCCAAAUAUAUUUGCGAACAAGGGGACAAUUGUGAAAUGGAAAAUCCAUUAUACAAUGAUGUCCUACGAAGUGAACAAUUAGAAUUGAUUUCAAAUUUAUCCAAAUUACAAUAUCAUUUUAUUGGAGCUAAAUUGCUAUCUAUUUUUUACGAAUUAAGACAUAAUCAUGAAAAUAAUCUUAUCACAAAAUCGGUAUUUAUUGAACAAACUACUUGGCUAGUUUUCAUCAUUGCAUCUAUCAUAUCCAGCAGUGCUGCUUUGAAUAUGAAAAGUGCAUCUUUUGAAACUUUCAAGAUAAACUCAGAACUUUGUUUUCUCGUUUUCUCCCUCAUGGAGCAAACGAAUAAAUCUGCAGAAGUAUUUGAAUAUCUCGAAUUUGCCUAUUUGAACUGUUUGGAAUUGUUUAAGAAAGUGUACAUUAGCGGGAAAAAAAAUAAUAACUUUUUGAAAGAAAUGAAAUCUGUUGCCAUGAGAAUCACCACUCCUUCUAGUAGUACGGGUGAUAGUGGAGGUACAAGAACAGAAGGAACUAAUUCAAGUGUAAUAACCCCUGAAAAUGAUAACAACAAGAAUUUUGCAUUUGCAUCCACGAGCGGUGCAAAUAAUGUGACGUCAAACUUUAUGAAUAACAAUAACAUUAAUUUUUCUACCCCAUCGUUAAUUACGAACCAAGAUGAUGAUGAGAAUAACGAUCCACUUAUAGAUCUGAUCGUGAGUAAAAUAUUAUUCAAUCUGAACAAUAGAACCGAUUGUGAACAAAUUGUGAAAAGAAGCUUGGAUUUAUUUCACGACCUGGUAUCAGGAAUGAACAUUGUAUGUUUAGAAGAUAAAACACCAAAACUGAUUGUCUUUGCAAGAAUGUUAUUAAAAAAUGAAAAGGUAUUAAAUUUAUUGCACAAUAGAAAUAAUAAAUUUUUAGAAAUAGCAAAAUAUUAUAAAUAUAGAACGAAUUAUUAUUUAAUAUUGACAAAAUUAUUAUUUAUGGAACAGAAUCUUGUUUCAUCAUCCUUUGAAAAGUAUAUUUUACCAAUUAAUAAUUUACUAGAAUGUAUAAAGAGAGAAAUAAAUGUAAAUGGAAAAGAUAUCAUUUUAAAAAAUAAUGAAAUUAAGUUAUCCUUUAUUGGGGCCUUAAGAGAUUUAAGAGGGAUUUGUAUGGCUUGUAAUAAUGUAGAAACGUACACUAUGUUUUUUAAUUUUUUCAUAAAUAGUUAUCCCUUAGAAGAUAAUCAAAUGAACAUAUUAACUUCCCUAGUGGAUGUCAUAUGGGAUAGCUAUGAUAUAUGUAUUCCUUUUCUCAAAUUUAUGUGUGAAUUUGUUUACAACAAAUCACAAAGAAUUACUUUUCCCAAAUCAUCUCCAAAUGGUAUACUAUUAUUUAAAGUUGUUUCUAAUAUUUUAAUUAUCAUAUCAAAUAAUUUAUUACAGAAAGAAAAAUUUAUGGAUAUUUACAAAGAGAAAUAUAAAAUAAUAUCUCUUUUACUAAACAUGUUUAAUAAUUGUUUAAAUGGAGACUUUGUAAAUUUUGCUAUUUUCGAUUUGUAUAAUGAUGACAUAUUAAAUAAUUCUCUCAAUUUGGCAUUAAACAUGUGUUUGGUGAUUCCAACCAAUGAUUUAUUAUCCUACAUCAAGCAUUUGAAGCCAUAUUUUUCUUUUCUCGAUUUGGUUACCAAGAACUUUUUUCAACGUAUUCUGAGCUUGGAAUUUCAGCUCAUUGCUGAUAUUAUUCAUAAUGUUAAGGAGGGUCUCUGUUCCUUUGAUUAUACAGUAUCCAUGACUUGUUGUUCCAUUCUGGAUAACAUCGUUACGUACAUAUUUACCAAUAGAAAAAAUUCGAAUGAGCAAGGACAGAUAAUAAAGAACUUUUUGGAAAGUCAACCACAAGCCCUCAAGGAAGUGCUGAACUUGAUGUUCCACCUGAUAUUGGGAGGCGAUUUCGGAAGUACCUGGAGCAUGUCUCAGCCAUUAUUAGGACUAAUUUUACUUGACACACAGGGGUACUUUAAAAUACAAGAACAGCUCAUUUCUCAGCAGAGCGAAGAGAAAAAACAAAAGCUAAGGCACAGCUUUUGUAAAUUAAUGGAUCACAUUGAGUCAAAUUUGGCCCCAAGCAACAGGGAUAAUUUCACGAGAAACCUAUACACCUUUGCACAAGAAAUAAGAAACAUCCUUAUUUGA